GACUUUAGUUAAAGUUGGACUCACUUCAGCUCAACCGGUUAAUUAAAUUAAUUAACUAACAACAGAUACCGUAUUUAAACUUGUUUAAAAUCAGAGUGGAUAGAAGUUGAGUGCAGAUUGAAUCGUGUAUGAAUUAAUUGAACCCAGGUUAUCUCGAUAAGAUGAGCGGUGUGAGAAAUGGAGUCAAGCUCGCGAGAAAAUUCGUGAUCGGGAACAAGUUUCAAGGUCUUCCGAAACUCGGGGAUUUAAAAAUCGUCGAGGAAUCACUGCCCGCACUGGGAAAAGGGGAGAUUCUAUGCAAAGCAGAAUGGCUAACGGUGGACCCAUACAUGAGAGCUUACAGUACUUUCCUGAAAAGCGGUGACGCCAUGCCUGGGGCACAAGUGGCUAGAGUUAUUGCGAGUGAAAGUCCAGAAUUUCCUGAGGGUUCUCAAGUUGUGGGGAAUUUUGGGUGGAGAGAUUUGACAAUUAGCAAAGUUCCACCUCCAGAAAAACAGAGUGCGGACUCCCUUUACAAAAUGCCUGACCUUAAAGGCCUUCCAGACUCGUAUGCAUUAGGCUCUUGCGGAAUGCCGGGUGUCACAGCAUACUUUGGAUUGCAUAAAAUAUGCGAACCUAAGGCUGGUGAUACUUUGGUCGUAUCGUCCGCGGCGGGUGCCGUUGGCAGUUUGGUCGGACAAUUUGGCAAGAUUGCUGGUUGUCGAGUCCUAGGCUUUGCUGGAACGAAGGACAAACUAACCUGGCUCAAGAAUGACUUGGGGUUUGAUGAAGUGUUCAAUUAUAAGGAGGUCAAUGUCUUCAAAACGUUGAAGGAACAUGCCCCCAAGGGUGUGAAUUGCUACUUUGACAAUGUGGGAGGUGAAUUUGCUUACAAUGUGAUGAAAAAUAUGGCCAUGUUUGGAAGAAUUGCUGUCUGUGGGGCUAUCACUGUUUAUAAUGACAACACCGGAAAGCCACCUCUAGUUCCCGUCGACUAUUUUUCCUUGAUCUAUAAAAACAUCCGAAUGGAGGGUUUCAUGGUCAUGCGAUGGAAUAAGGAAUGGUUUCAAGGAAUAGAGAAAGUUCGAGACUACAUUAUACAAGGCAAGUUAAAAAUUCAGGAGACUCAAGUCAACGGAUUUGAAAACAUGCCACAAGCCUUCAUUGACCUUCUAGAAGGGAAAAAUACUGGGAAAAUGAUAAUUAAGGCUUGAUUAAAAUAUUUUUAAAUUAUCUACUGGUACAUAAAAAAUAUUUCUUAAAAAUAAAUAAAAAGUUUGCAAAAUAA